AUGCCCAUGCUCAAGGAACCGUGGACGAAGUACAAGGCCUUCCCCCCCAUCAACCUCCCUGAUCGCCAAUGGCCCUCCAAGAUCCUCGACAAAGCCCCGAGAUGGCUUGAAACCAGUCUCCGCGAUGGAAACCAGAGCAAUCCAGACCCCAUGAGUGGAGAGGAGAAAUGGCGUUUCUUCAAGAUGCUCUGCAACAUUGGCUACAAGGAAAUCGAAGUCUCCUUCCCCUCCGCCUCUGAUACCGACUUCGACUUCACAAGACGCCUGGUGGAGACGCCAGGUGCCAUCCCCGACGACGUCGCAAUUCAGGUCCUGUCGCCCUGCCGCCCUGAUCUGAUCAAGCGCACUGUCGAGGCCGUCACCGGUGCCAAGAACGCCAUCAUUCACAUCUACCUUGCCACAAGCCCCUGCUUCCGCCAGGUCAUCUUCAACUUCACCGAGGAGCAGACCCUCGAACUUGCCGUACAUUGCACCAAGGUCGUGCGCUCUCUGACCAAAGAUGACCCCGCGCGGUCGGCCACCAACUGGCAGUUUGAGUUCAGCCCAGAGACCUUCUCUGACACGUCUCCAGAGUUCGCCGUCAAAGUCUGCGAUGCCGUCAAGGAGGCAUGGGGCCCAACCGUUGAGAACCCCAUCAUUUUCAACCUCCCCGCCACCGUCGAGAUGGCAACCCCCAACGUAUUUGCCGACCAGAUUGAGUACUUCUGCAAGAACAUCACAGAGCGUGAGAAGAUCGCCGUCAGUGUCCACUGCCACAACGACAGGGGCUGCAGUGUUGCUGCAACCGAGUUGGCCCAGCUGGCUGGCGCUGACCGGGUAGAAGGAUGUGUCUUUGGAAACGGCGAGCGCACUGGAAACGUCGAUUUGGUUACCUUGGCCCUGAAUUUAUACACCCAAGGUGUCCCCCCCAACGUCGAUUUUUCGGACCUCAACAGCGUAAUCGAGGUCGCUGAGGACUGCAAUCGAAUUCCCAUCCACUGCCGCGCUCCAUACGCCGGCUCUUUAGUAUUCUCGGCGUUUUCGGGCUCACAUCAGGACGCCAUCAAAAAAUCGCGUAAUUUGCAUGGCCCGAGGAUGUUUAAGGAGUUCUGGGAAGUGCCAUACCUCCCGUUGGAUCCUCAGGACGUGGGCCGAACAUACGAGGCUGUGAUCCGCGUAAAUUCCCAAAGCGGAAAAGGUGGGGCCGCUUGGGUUAUUCUUAGUAAGCUCCACUUGGACCUGCCUCGUGGCUUACAGGUUGCUUUCUCAAGAAUUGUUCAACAACACACGGAUGGCCUUGGCCGUGAGCUGAAGCCUGGGGAAAUCACUGAUCUGUUCGAGAAGUCAUACUUCCUCCGCGAGAAUCCCCGAUUCUCUCUUAUUGACUACUCCAUCACUCCCGACCGCUCGCAGUCUCCCAGGCCGCCUUCCCCGGGCAAGACACAGGACACCAAGAACCUGUUGCGUGUCUUUGAGGGUGUCAUCCUGGUAGACAACAAGGAGAUCAGGCUCCGUGGGCGCGGCAACGGUCCCAUUUCCAGUAUGGCUAAUGCCCUGAAGGAGAUUGGCGUUGACCUGGAUGUUCAUGAUUACAAGGAGCACGCCAUUGGUGAGGGUCGUGGUGUAAAGGCUGCCUCGUAUAUCGAGUGCAAGAUUGGAAACACCAAGCAGACGGUAUGGGGAGUUGGUAUCCAUGAGGAUGUUGUCCAAAGUUCCCUGAUCGCUCUUCUGAGCGCUGCUAGCAGUUUCAUCACGAGCAACCCCCCAAGCCCCGUGUUGAGGCCAAUUGCCACUCGUCCCAAGAACUUGGACCCCAACAGUGCCGCAAAUGGCGCAGCCAAGCAGCCAGCUGCCGGACCUCAAGAGACGCAAAAUGUGGUUUCUGUCUUGGAGGAAAAGGCGAAUGGCAUGUAG